UGAGUUUAGCUCAACGUCGCUGGUUUAGGUAUAUGGCAAAGCUCGUUAACUAAGCCUCGCUUUAAUAUACAACAACAACAACAACAACAGCAACAUCGACAUCAACAAUAACAGCAGUAACAAUAACAACAAGAACAAUAAAAUAUACUGUUACAACCGCUCGACAUGUUGUUGUUGUUGCAAAAUCGACUACAGUAACAACAACUACAUUAAAACAAACUUCUAAAAAUCAAACUGUGUAACACCAAUUCAAAGAAUCUAACUUGGCUGGCGAGAAGUAUCUGGAAGUUUAAAGAUACUUACUGAUAGAUAGCUUACUAAAAAUCCAUCAUGUCACCCAAAGACGGAGCCGGCAUGGACUUGUCCAAACAUAGCAACAAAUACCCGCCUAAUCAUGCCUCAAGCAUGCCUCCAGCGCAACUGGGUCCGGAAAAGGGAGAUGCGAGCCUUGCAAAGACAACAACAACUACAACUGCCGCGAAAGCGACGCCUCCGUCAACGAGGACUUGGCGCGAGAAGUUGCGGUUGGUGGCAAAUAACAUCACGGUUGAGCCCAUACUUGCAGCCUACAUUAUGCCCAGUGUGCUCUCCAAUCUGGCCACGCAGAACCUCAACCUAGAGAAGGCGUGUCGUGUGAACAUGGCUUACGGGGAUGAGAUCUGCGAUGCACUCACCCGACGCCAAACGGCUAAUUAUACGCUUGAGGAGGAGACGGUGCAACAGAUGGUUGCGAGAAUGGCCGCUUGGAAGACUGUGAUUCAGUCUUUAUUUCCCUGCCUGCUUAUAUUGUUCUGGGGCUCCUGGAGCGAUCGCCAUCGCCGGCGCAAACCCUGCAUCCUGAUACCAGUGGUGGGAGAGUUCCUCGGCGUUGUCGGCCUCAUGCUUUGCGUCUACUUUGAGAAUGCGCCAAUGGAGGCUGCCGCCCUCACGGAAGCAAUAUUUCCAUCGCUUAGCGGUGGCUGGUUCACCAUGCUAAUGGGAGUCUUCAGCUAUAUAGCAGACAUCACCACCGAAGAGGAUCGCACUCUCCGAAUUGGUAUUCUCAACGUCUGCUUCUCGGUCGGCGUGCCUAUUGGCAUGGCAUUUAGUGGAGUCCUGCUCAAGCAAAUUGGCUUCUAUGGGGUAUUUUCCAUAUCGGCAGCUUUCUAUGUGCUGGCAUUUGUCUAUGGAUUUUUCUUUCUUGAGGAACCCGUUGCACGACCAGAGAAGACCGCCCCACAAAAGAGCCUACUGGCCGACUUCUUUGAUAAGGAACAUGUCGUCCAGACGUUCCGUGUGGCCUUCAAGAAGGGGGAAAAUCAGCGCCGUCAGCGCGUUAUCCUGCUGAUGAUUGUUGUGAUGGUAAUCAUUGGACCGCUGCAUGGUGAGAUGGCAGUCACAUAUUUGUUCACCCGAUUCCGCUUCAACUGGUCCGAGGUGGAGUUCAGCUUCUUCUCAACUUAUGCGAUGUUCACUGGCCUGAUAGGCGUUAUAUUCUGCGUGGGUAUUCUUUCACAUAAGCUGAAUAUCGACGAUGCCCUAGUGGGUGUGCUCUCUAGCACCUCAAAAAUCCUUUCGUCCUUUGUGUACGCAUUCGCCACGCUGCCCUGGCACAUGUAUCUAGGUGGUCUUGUGGAAAUUUUUAAUGGUACCGCCUUCAUUGCCAUGCGAUCGAUUGCAACCAAGCUGGUGUCUAAGGAUGAGCUGGGCAAGGUUAACUCGCUCUUUGGCGUAGCCGAGGCUCUCAUGCCCAUGGUCUUUGCGCCCAUGUAUACAACCCUGUACGCCGCAACGCUUAGGAUUUUGCCAGGUGCUUUCUUCCUGUUGGGAGGCGGACUAACCAUGUUCUCCGUGGUAAUCUUUCUCUGGAUGUACCGCUUCCAAGUUCGGCAGCGUCGCCGGGAAAAACCCAACGAUACGGAGCAUGGAUCCUUUCGGGAAACCAAUGGCAAUAUUAAUGCCGUGGAAGCGCUGGCGUUGGCCAGUGAAGCCAAGGGACAACUGAAUGGUAUUAUUGCUAAUGUGAUACACGAGUCUUUGGAACAUUCGGAGCCAACGACUACAACGAUAACGACGGCAAUGACGACGACGACGACGACGACGACUCCGUCAGUGCUAAAUGGUAUUGAAAAUCGUGGAUUUGUGCUGGACACAUUGGAUGGCAAAGUUAAGGAUGCCUAGAGAUGUCGGCCCACAGCCGUCUGUUAUAUAUGUUGUAUAAUUAUUCUGUACCUACUUAUGUUGACCUUUUAACCGAACUGCAAACUGAUUGUUGAGUGUCAAUCUGCAAACUUCCUGACACUUCCAAAUUGGUUGCCUAGGUCACGUAUUAUCUGUACCUAAGCAUCGUACGCUCUGUAAAUUGUUAGCCCUAAGUUCCAAAACAUGUUUUCAAUUGAAUUUGUAAAGAUAUUUUUUUUGUGCGCGCACUAAAUUUUUUUUUGUUUUUUUUUUUUGUUGAUUAGCUUUAAGGCUGUAAGUGUAUUGAAUAAAUUUAAUAACGUCCAA